AUGGGAGCAGCAGCUUGUAAACAAGAUUAAAUAGAAAUCAAGAAUCUUUAUUAACUUUAUAAACGAGUGAGUCAAUAAUAACUACCUAAUCAAAUUUCUAGCGAAUUACUUUCUAUACGCACAAGAAUCAUUAAAGAUUAAAUACCAAAAGAAUGUUAAUUAAUUUACAACAUCCUUCAUAAUAAUAUUAUAGAAGAAUCCAUUUUAGAAAUUCAAAGACUUAAGUUUUAGAAAGUUUUUAAUGAAAAUUUCUCUAAAAUUAAAAAUGAUAGAUAAUAUUAACUAUUUUUAAGAAGUUUCAGAUUUUUUAAUUUCGAAGAUCUAAGAAAAUACAUUAAAAUAGAUUUUUAUAAAAACAAUAACUUUAUUUCUGAGAUUCUUAACUUAUUUUUUACAAUUGAUAUUUACUGUAAGAAGAUUAGUUUAUUUUUAUCCAGAAUAAGUCCUAAAUAUUAUUAAUUUUUCUAUUCUUUAUUAUGGAAACAAUAUAAACAAAAUAUUGAUAUCUUGAACAAUGUUUACCUUUUGAGUUUUAUGAAUAAUAAUAAUGAAUUUAAAAAUAUCCCUUUCAAUUUUACAUUUUAAGAAUUUAUGUAUAAAGUAUGGGGAAACAACAUCUAGCCUUAGUUAAAUAAAACUUAAAUUAGUUAAUUGUUACAUUGUUAAAAAAAUGAAUAAUUGAUUCAAUAUUUUAACGAUUUCAUAGAAAUCUCUAUUAAUGAAUAUCAAUUAAAUUAUUCUAGGAAUAUUGGACUAACUAAUUCAAAAGGUUUUUAAAAUUUUCUUAAAGUACUUAUAGAAUUAUUAAAUGAAGAAUUUGAUAGAGAAUAUGAUAAAAAUAUAGAAAAAAUUCUAAAUUUUGUUCAAGAGAAUAGAUUUCUAAAUUAGAUCUUACAUGAAUAAAUACUCAUUCAUUAUAUAUAUCCAUCAGUUUUUUAAUACAUAGAAACUCAUCUAACUUUAAUAUUAAAAGAAUAAUUUUAAUCUACAAAAAAAUAUUUAUUAGAAUAGAUAGUUUAAGAUAAAGUGUUAAAUAAUACUUUAUCGAAAUUACUUUUAGAUGAAAAUGAUGAAAAUUAAACUAAAUCUUCAAUAAUGUCAUCAAUCAUAACAAAUUAUACAUCUUCGUUGAAAGCAAAUUAUUACUAAGUUUAAAAUUAAGAGGAAACUACAUUUUACAAUCUUCAAAAUAAUAAAUGGGAAUAUUUCACAAAUAUAGAACAUUCUAAUUGUGUGAAUAUGAUUGAACUGAGUACAAAAGUAGAUGAAUAAAAACAUAGACUAAUGUAAAGAUCUAGUAAAUUAUUUAAGAAAUUCAAUAUAGAAAAUCUGAAAUAAUAAGAAUUUAUUAUUUCAUAUAUCAACAUUAUGUUUGAUUACACUUAUGAAAAUACUAAGGAAGAUACAUCAGAAUUAUUACUGUAACUUAACUUGUUUUAUUGA